AUGAAAAAGGUUACAGUGACAGACCUACCAGAUGAGGUGUUUAUAAAAAUUCUUCAAAAUGUUUCACCAACAGAUAUUAACAAUUUGUAUGCUAUAAAGGAAGUCUCUGACAAACUUCAAGACUUUGUCACCUUGACCAAAGAUUCCGAAGAGAUCAAAUUCUUUACUAAUGUUCCUAAGAAAUCACAUGUUAUGAUUGAUUACAAUUAUUUUGACCAUGCAAGAACCGGUUUGCUUGAACUAUUUGAAAUAUCAGAUAUAGUAAAGUUUUACGAUAAUAGACAUGUCUACGAGGACAAUGAGUUAAGAAUGCUGGUAAUUACAGGUAAUAUGCCUUUAACUUCACCCUUUGGCUUUAUGGAACAGGAAAGAAAAUCGGCAAUUUUCGAUAAAUUGAUUGAAUUGAGUGGAAAAAGAGAAAAUAACUUGUUCAAGGUUCUUGGGUAUACAGGUACAGCAGAUGUCAUAACAUUUAACCAAAAAUCUCUUUAUCCCAAUCGAAUUCACAUACCAGGUGCUAAAGCACUAGUUUUCACAAAUUGCACAAGUACUGACGAGUCAUUAAAAGCUUGGGCAAAGGAUUUCGAUGGGCUACAUUUUAUUGGAGAGAGUUCUAGAUCAAUUAUCAAAUCAUUUGAUUUAAGAACGGCAUUGGCUGACUUGAGGAUUGAGCGUGUUAAUAUUGAUUUCGAGCUUAAUGAUAAACUUUUAUCUCCUACAUUGAAACGUAUCAAAGUUAUUUCAGAUAGAGACGUUGUAAUAGAUGGUAAUAAUCUAGAAUUUAAUGAUUUAAGAUUUUUAGAAAUCAAAAGUGAAGAAAAUAUCAUUAUCAAGAAUUUGAAUUCCACCACUUUGUUUCAUGCAAGUCUUAUCAGUACCUAUGGAUCCAUAACCUUUCAAAAUGCUGAAUUACCAAAGCUUCAAUAUGUUGAGAUACAAUCGGAAACGUUUCCUGUCAUUUCUAAUGUCAAUUGCCCAGAAUUGAAACAUAUACAUACUGGUAUCAAUGAUAUUGAUUCAUCCAAUGACUUUUCAUUUUUCCAGAAAGCCACUAGUUUAUCAAUUGCAACGAAUCAGCCUGUUUCUUUUUUGCGGUUUAUCAAUACAGAUACAUUGAAGUUUUUGAAGGUGAACUUCGUUGAUGAUACCCAACACGAAUUGUACUCGAUGAGUUUUCAGAACUUAGAAGGAUUAGACAUCUAUUUGUCGGAAUACUUCGACGAAUUUGUCCCUACUCUCAAUGCUCCUUCAUUGAAGUCCCUUAAAAUUAAAGCGGAAAAAUUACAUGAAUUUGGGGGUAUUGAAGAAGAUUCGUAUCCACAAUUGGAGGAACUAACUUUAGAUUUGGUACAUCGUCAGGUGUUCUAUAUGGAAGAUUUUUAUCAUCACAAGUUAAAAAGGCUUCAAAUAACUGGAAGAGGUUUCCUGAGGGUACUGUAUGUAUGGUUCAAAAACUUGGAACUUUUGGUAAUCAACAACAGUGAUGGAGAUUUUGAUUUUACUCGGCUGGAAUUGGAUGUAAAUGCACCCAAUCUGAUUCAUUUAGAAUUGAACUAUGUCCAAGUGGAAUCUUUAACUCUUGAAGAUUUCCGGAAAUUGAAGUAUCUUCGUAUAACAGAUGUUCGGAAUUUGGUUGGUAGAAACCUUGACUCUUUGAUAAAAUUAGAUUCAAUAUGUGAUGGACUUAAAAGUUUUGUUGUCAGAGCACCAAAUUUAAGGUUCUGCAAUUCCCAACCGUAUCUUGAAGAUGAAGAUGGUGAGUUUGAAUUCAUACAUGGUCUUAGAUUGACUUCAGAGCAGAAAAAAGACAAAUUUAAAGACAAAUACAAUCCUUCUCUUGAGAAAGAACCAAAAAUUUCACCUUAUGAAGAAUAUAUCGGUAAGACUUAUUUCAUCAAACUGGGCGAAUCAUUUAUAUCAACUUUGAUGGAUCGAGAACAGGAAAGAGACUAUCACCCAAGAAUAUUCGUCAAUCAUCAAAGUGAUAAGUUAGAAUAUAAAAUAGAUGGUAAUUUUAGAAGAUUUGAUGACCCAAUUGAUAACCCAAGAAAGAGAGUUGAAAAUUAUAAUAUUAUUGAUAAACCAAGAAAGAAAGUUGAAAAUAAUCGUAUUAACCCAGAUCCGACGCAUCAACUUCUUAUGCGUUUUGUUCAAGAUUUUGAUGAUGAUUUUGAUGAUGAAGAUUAUUAUUAG